UUAUAGAGCAGCAACUCCCAGAGCCAGCAACUACGACAACGACAACAAAAAGAACAUCAGCAACAGCAGCAUACAAAAUAAAACCAUACAAAAACCCAUCAAAUAAGCAAACCGAAAGCUAAUUAAGAAUAUGCGAGAAAUUCCAGCCGAAAGGAUGAUGAUGCCGUCACGUAGCUAUUUAAUUGCUCUAGUUGUGGUGACAACAUUAGCAGCCAUUUGUCAACCAUGUUCCGCUCAAAACUCUACAUUUGUGGCAACAAUUGUCAGCUCGAACAAUACGCUUCAGUCGGCGAAUGGAGCGACGCGUGUAAAUGAAACAAUAACGAUCAAUAUCAGUGAGAUAAUUGCGGCGGCAGCAACAGACACCGAUACAGACACAACGACAUCGGAAACUACAUCAUCCAGCACCACAGACGCAACAACAACCACAGCAACACCAGCAGUCACUAGCACGGCACCAACCACCACUUCGACAACCACCACAACAACACCUGCAACAACAUCAACUAGUACCACGACAACACCCGCAACAACAUCAACAAGUACUACGACUACACCCGCAACAACUUCAACUACAACCAUAGCGGCAACCACACCAACUACUACCUCAACAACACCAGCAACAACAUCCACUAGUACCACGACAACAUCCGCAACAACAUCAACUAGUACCACGACAACACCCGCAACAACUUCAACUACAACCAUAGCGGCAACCACACCAACUACUACCUCAACAACACCAGCAACAACAUCCACUAGUACCACGACAACACCAGCAACAACAUCGACUAGUACCACGACAACACCAGCAACAACAUCGACUAGUACCACGACAACACCCGCAACAACAUCAACAAGUACUACGACAACACCCGCAACAACUUCAACUACAACCAUAGCGGCAACCACACCAACUACUACCUCAACAACACCAGCAACAACAUCCACUAGUACCACGACAACAUCCGCAACAACAUCAACUAGUACCACGACAACACCCGCAACAACUUCAACUACAACCAUAGCGGCAACCACACCAACUACUACGUCAACAACACCAGCAACAACAUCCACUAGUACCACAAAUACCACCACAACAACACCAGCAACAACAUCAACUAGUACCACGACAACACCCGCAACAACUUCAACUGCAACCAUAGCGACAACCACACCAACUACUACCUCAACAACACCAGCAACAACAUUAACUAGUACAUCAACAACACCCACUACAACCAUAGCGGCAACAACAUCAACUAGUACCACGACAACACCCGCAACAACAUCCACUAGUACCACAACAACACCAGCAACAACAUCCACUACAACCGCAGCAGCAACAACAUCAACUAGUACCUCAACAACACCAACAACAACAUCAACUGGCACCACUGCAGCAUCUUCGUCAACUAGUACCACAACAACAACAACCACCAGCACAGUGGCGCCGACAACAACAACCGACGCGUAUUAUCUCUCUACGAUGUUACCGUAUCCCUAUAACAAAAAAGCGACGACCAAUAAGCCGUAUCGUCGCCACCGAAAAGGCCGCAAAGGGCGCAAUGGUAAAAAAUGGCGCCGUCGUACCACAACAAGCACCACCACCACCAGCACCACCACGGCCGAGCCCACAUCUAACUUUCUCGAUUCAAGCGAUGAGUAUGAUCAAAUUGUUGAAUUAGCCGCCAAUGGCGUUCUUGAACCUCUGCCUGGCUUGCCCCUGAAUCUAGGCAACAUUCAUAAUCAACGGAUACCACAGUAGAAGGGAAACCGUAAGACUAAAUCAAAAACACAUAUUCUAUAGUUAGUUUUAGAUGUAAGCAAAAUAAAGGCGGUGUGCCCAAUAUAAAGCA